AUGAGUAUUAGUAAUAGGAUUACUCCAAUUGAAUUGAAAGAUGUUACCCAAACCAAUAUAGAUCCAGAAAGCAAUGCGACGGAGUAUCAAAAGGAGCUUAACCCAAUAGAGUCAUGGCUUCCCAUCACAGAAUCGAGGAACGGGAAUGUAUGGUCUUGUGUAUUCCAUUUAGUAUCCUCUGGACUUGGCAUGCAAGCUCUUUUGCUCCCUUUUGCCUUUGCCACUCUUGGAUGGGCAUGGGGAGUCACAUAUUUGUCAUUAGGGUUUAUGUGGCAACUGUACACAAGAUGGCUUCUUGUUCAUCUUCAUGAAUCAUCAUCCGGUGUUCGCUACAGCCGAUUUGUCCAGCUAGCAAUGGUAGCAUUCGGUCCAAAACUCGCGAAAUGGUUGUGUAUGAUUCCAAUCCUGUACCUAUCAGGAGGAACAUGUACAUUGCUUGUUAUAACCGGUGGUUCAACAUUGAAACUCUUGUACGAAUUGAUUUUCUCCGAAAGCUCUAAUUGUCCGAAAAAUUUGAGCACAAAUGAAUGGUUCUUAAUAUUUGUUUGUUUGGCAUUUUUACUAGCACAACACCCUAACUUAAACUCCUUAGUUUGGGUGUCCCUCCUCGGAACUAUUGCUUCCAUAGUCUUAAUUUCCCUUCUAUGGAUUACAUCCAUUGCCAAAGGCAGAGUUGAAAAUGUGUCAUAUAAUCCCAUAUUUGAAGAAUUGGAAGAUAAUUUGAGUAGAUUUUUAAGCACUUUUUCUGCAAUGGAGAUGAUUGCUCUUUCGUUUCAAGGUCAUAACCUUGUCCUUGAGAUUCAGGGGACAUUGCCUACAAACUCGAAAAUUCAACCUCAUAUAACAAUGUGGAAAGCUGUAAAAAUCUCUUAUUGCAUGAUGUCUUUGUGUCUCUUCCCACUAGCCAUUUCUGGAUAUUGGGCUUAUGGAAACAAGAUAACAAGGACAGGGAUCAUAUACACAUUGGGAGCGUUUCACAAAGAUAGCGCGUCAACAACAAUGCUAGGACUGAUUCUAGUGAUCUUUGUAUUAGUACACCAGCUAUGCACGUACCAAAUAUAUGCCAUGGCAAGUUUUGACAACAUAGAGUUUCGAUAUGUCCUGGCGAAGGACAGGCCAUGUCCCUCUUGGCUCCGGAGUGCAUUUAGGUUGUUAUAUUGUUUCGUCGGGAACUUGUUUUUAGCAAUAACAUUCCCCUUCUUACCAAGCCUAGGAUCGAUUGUAGGAGCAAUUGGCCUACUCGUGACAUUUUCGUACCCUUGUUUCAUUUAUGUUUGUAUUAAGAAGCCCAAGGUUUGGGGGCCUAUGUUUUUGCUUAAUUUAGGACUUGGUUGUUUAGGUGUAGUGUUGAGUAUCUUUUACUUCAUUGUUGCAAUAUGGGAAAUUUCUAGGGAAGGCCUAACUGCCAAUUUUUUCAAUGUAAAAUGGUAAAACAUUAUUGUAACAGAAUUACUAGUAGUUACUACUCAUAAUUAGUAUUCCAUUUGAUUUUUUUUUUUUUUUUUUUGGUGUUUAUAGAGCCUUAAGGGCGGGUAAUGGGAAUCGAUCCCAUGAUCUUCUAGAAUCGAAAAAAAAGCUCUAAUAACCACUUGAGCUAUCCCUCAAUCUCCCAUUUGAUAUGUGUUAGUGUUACAAAAAAAAAUGCAUUUUUGUCCAUUAUUAGAGUGUCAUUUGAACAGAAGUUUUGGUUUCCUCUAAACUUCUGUUCAAAAAACCUCAAGUCUUUUCUUCUAUUUUUGGAAACCCCAUUUUUUAGCAAUAACACAGUACCUCCAUUUUGUAUUUUUGUUUGAGACAG